CUUUAUUCAGAUGAAGUUCAAAUUGGUCCAGAAACAGUCAUGACUACUUUAUACACUGCUAAAAAGUAUGCAGUCCCAGCCCUGGAAGCUCAUUGUGUGGAUUUUCUAACGAAGCACCUCCGAGCAGAUAAUGCCUUUAUGCUGCUUACUCAAGCCCGUUUGUUUGAUGAACCUCAGCUUGCUAGUCUUUGUCUUGACACAAUAGACAAAAGUACUAUGGAUGCAAUAAGUGCAGAAGGCUUUACAGAUAUUGAUAUAGACACACUAUGUGCAGUUCUAGAAAGAGAUACCCUUAGCAUUCGAGAGAGCAGACUCUUUGGAGCUGUUGUUCGCUGGGCAGAAGCAGAAUGUCAAAGACAACAACUACCCGUGACAUUUGGAAACAAACAAAAAGUCCUUGGAAGAGCUCUUUCCUUAAUCCGUUUUCCAUUAAUGACUAUUGAAGAGUUUGCAGCUGGCCCUGCUCAGUCUGGAAUCUUGUCAGAUCGGGAAGUAGUAAAUCUCUUUCUGCAUUUUACUGUCAAUCCUAAACCUAAAGUAGAUUAUAUUGAUCGACCAAGGUGUUGCCUGAGAGGAAAAGAGUGCAGCAUUAACAGGUUCCAGCAAGUGGAGAGUCGCUGGGGCUACAGUGGAACAAGUGAUCGGAUUAGGUUCACAGUUAAUAGAAGAAUUUCUAUAGUGGGAUUUGGAUUAUAUGGAUCUAUUCAUGGACCCACAGACUAUCAAGUUAAUAUACAGAUAAUUGAUUAUGAGAAGAAUCAAACACUAGGACAAAAUGAUACUGGAUUUAGUUGUGAUGGAACGGCCAGUACAUUCAGAGUUAUGUUCAAGGAACCUAUAGAGAUCUUGCCAACUGUUUGCUACACAGCUUGUGCAACACUGAAAGGUCCUGAUUCCCAUUAUGGAACAAAAGGUUUGAAGAAAGUGAUCCACGAAUCUCCUACUGCUAGCAAAACAUGCUUUGUCUUUUAUAGUUCACCAGGUAACAACAACGGUACAUCAAUAGAAGAUGGACAGAUACCAGAAAUAAUAUUUUAUACAUAAUUUCACAUUAUCAUCUCAAAUGUGCCAGUGUAUCCGUGGACUUCAGCUCACUAUUGGUGGCAGUUAAAAAUUCUGUGAAAGAAGUACAGGAACAUGUGGAAAACAAAAGUUACUUGUUUGAGCGGUACCAGACAAGCUAUUUUCUCUGCAUCUUUAUUGGCAGAAUGUAAUUUAGCUUUUCCUCUUCAAGUGGAAUAAGUACUCUGUAUAUUGAA